UAUGAUAAUAAUUAUUUAACAAUGAUUGAUCAACAACAAACUAAAUCGAAAACGGAUAUAUCAUCUAAACCAUCAUCAAUGAUUGAACAACAACAUUAUCAAUCAGAAGCAAUACCAAUAUCAAAACAUCAUCAUCAUCAUCAUUAUGAAAUUUAUGAUAAAGAUUCAUUAAUAAAUGAAAGAGAUAAUUCUAUUAUAAUGGAUUCAGCUUCCGUUACGGAUAAAGAUGCAAAUGCAUCGACAACAUCAUAUCAAUCAACAUUAGAACCAUUACUUUAUCAUUAUACACCGGGUGCAAAUAAUACAUGGCCACCGGAAAAAAGUCUUGGUAUAUUACCAAUACUUAUACAAAUUGAGGAUAAAAAAUCUGAUAAUGAAAAUGAUAAUCAAAAUGAUAAUAAUAAUAAUAAUAAUGGACAACAACAGCAACGAAAUACGAUUGAUUAUCGAAAUAAUAAUAAUAAUAAUAAUAAUAAUGCUGUAAUGCAAGAUAGACUUUAUGGACAACCAUCAUUGAAUAAUGAUUGGUCACAACGUGAUGCAAAUAAUCCAAAUAAUAACAAUAAUAAUGGUGGUGGUGGUUUUUCAAAUGCAAACAAUAAUAAUCAAUGGCCCAUAUCAUCGAAUAAACAACAACAACAACAUCCAGCACGUAAUAUAAUAUUUCAUAAUAAUAAACCAACAUCAUUGGCAAUUAAUCCAAGUGCAUCGAAUAUUUAUCCAGAUUAUCGUCAUUAUCAACAUCCAAAUACAAAUUUAAAUCGUUUACGUUUCAAUCAAUUUAGUAAUGGUGGUAUUGGUAGUACAUCAUACAAUGUUGUUGAUGAUGAACGUUUUAAUGAACAUUUAUUGAAUAUGAUGAAUGGUAAUCCAAUACAAUCAAACAAUAAUGUACAUCAUCCAAUUGGAUUGAAUAAUAAUAAUAAUAAACUAUUGAAUCCAUUAUAUACAAGUGCAUCUGAUUCACAUUUAAAUUAUUUUGGUCCAAUGAUUAUUGGACAACAGCCAACAAAAUCAUCAUUAUUACCAACACCAACAGCAUCAUCAAUACCGUUCACAUCAACACCAUCAAUUAUAAAUAUGUCAAAAUUACCGGCUAUUAAUCAUUUAAAUCGUAUGAAAAUUAAUCAAGAUUUUUUUACUGCAAUGCAAUCAAAAUUAAUGUCAUCACCAAAAUUAAUGACAUCAUCAUCGGCAUCGACACCAUUCGAAUUGGAAAAUAUUUAUUUUCAAAAUGGUCCUGGUUAUGCAUAUGGAAAUUUUAUGAAAAUGCCGGAUAAAUAUAGAGAAGCUAUAUUAUCAUCCAAAUUAUUGGGACAAACAUCAUCAGCAUCAAUAAUAAAUCCAUUGGAUGUAUCAACCAAAGAUUUAGCAACAUUAGCAGCAUUACUUUGGCAACAGCAACAACAACAACAAUCAACAACAACAACUAAUAAUAACAAUAAUAAUAAUAAUAAGGAUGCAAACACAAAACAAUUUUCAUUAAGUGGAUUAACAUCAUCAUCAUCGAGUAAUUCGGCUGCUACUACUGGAACAAUGACAAAUACCGGUAAUAAUGAUAAAAGAAUGAUGAUUAAAGAUGAUUCAACAACAGCCGAUAGUGGUAGUAGUUUAUUGGACAAACGUAAAAAAUCAAGAAGAAAUUUAACAAAAUUCGGUCUUUUUGGUUAA